AUGCCAUUGACCACUGCACCACCCACAACGUCCGUACCUAACCCCGCAUCACAAUUAGUCGUAGAAACUCACAUGACACCUCAACAGCGAAAUGCUCUGCAGACAGCUCAUUCCAAUUCUGUUGGAUAUUUCAUCACACAAGACUCUUCAUUUGGAAAUGUGAUAUUACCAGUUUUACCUAGGUUUAUUGAAAAAUGA